GCCUUCCGCCGGUGGCCUUCCUGUGGGCGGGAGAGGGCGGCCGGGAGCCCAAUGAGGGAGCAAUAACGUGGCAACCACCCACGAGCCCGCGUCGGUGCCCGCCCCGCAGGGGGACCUACUAUCCGGCGCCGAGCCGGAGGGGGGAAACGGCGCCCGUCGCCCGCCCGGAGCCCGCGAGCAGCCCCAGUCCCCCCCACCCGCGCGUGGCGGCGCCGGCUCCCUAGCCACCGCGGCCCCACCCUCUUCCGGCCUCAGCUGUCCGGGCCGCUUUCGCCUCCGCCUGUGGAUGCUGCGCCUCUCCGAACGCAACAUGAAGGUGCUCCUUGCCGCCGCCCUCAUCGCGGGGUCCGUCUUCUUCCUGCUGCUGCCGGGACCUUCUGUGGCCGAUGAGAAGAAGAAGGGGCCCAAAGUCACCGUCAAGGUGUAUUUUGACCUACGAAUUGGAGAUGAAGAUGUAGGCCGGGUGAUCUUUGGUCUCUUCGGAAAGACUGUUCCAAAAACAGUGGAUAAUUUUGUGGCCUUAGCUACAGGAGAGAAAGGAUUUGGCUACAAAAACAGCAAAUUCCAUCGUGUAAUCAAGGACUUCAUGAUCCAGGGCGGAGACUUCACCAGGGGAGAUGGCACAGGAGGAAAGAGCAUCUACGGUGAGCGCUUCCCCGAUGAGAACUUCAAACUGAAGCACUACGGGCCUGGCUGGGUGAGCAUGGCCAACGCAGGCAAAGACACCAACGGCUCCCAGUUCUUCAUCACGACAGUCAAGACAGCCUGGCUAGAUGGCAAGCAUGUGGUGUUUGGCAAAGUUCUAGAGGGCAUGGAGGUGGUGCGGAAGGUGGAGAGCACCAAGACAGACAGCCGGGAUAAACCCCUGAAGGAUGUGAUCAUCGCAGACUGCGGCAAGAUCGAGGUGGAGAAGCCCUUUGCCAUCGCCAAGGAGUAGGGCACAGGGACGUCUUUCUUUGAGUGACCGUCUGUGCAGGCCCUGUAGUCCGCCACAGGGCUCUGAGCUGCACUGGCCCCGGUGCUGGCAUCUGGUGGAGCGGACCCACUCCCCUCACAUUCCACAGGCCCAUGGACUCAGUUUUGUAACAAACUCCUACCAACACUGACCAAUAAAAAAAAAAGUGGGUUUUUUUUUUU